ACGUUUCUUGAUUUGUUGCACUUUUUUGUGCCCUCUUAUUUCACAAAUUUGGGCAACACAAAUCGGUCAGGAUCUUCGUGCCAGCGGAAAAUCGCGGAAUUCGUCGCCGCCCGUCGAAAUCAAAACAAUCUUCGAACGCUUCCUAAGCUCCGUUUCGUUGUGUGUUUUCGUGUGUGCGUUGUGUGCAAGGAAAAACCUUCGCAGCUAAAGCGAUGGCCGUAAUUGCUGCGGAUCUCAAGUUUCUGCUAGCCUGCCGCGGAACGUUCGGCCAGAUCAGAAACAUUCACCUGGCUGCUGCCAAUAAUGCUGCUGCUAAGAAAGUUAAAAAGUUCCAGAUUUACCGCUGGAAUCCGGAUCAGCCCGAGCAGAAACCGUACAAUCAGACGUAUGAGGUCGACCUGAGCGCCUGCGGGCCGAUGGUGCUGGAUGCACUAAUUAAGAUCAAGAACGAAAUGGACCCCACGCUGACGUUCCGACGAUCGUGCCGUGAAGGUAUCUGUGGUUCCUGUGCCAUGAACAUCGGUGGCACCAAUACGCUAGCCUGCAUCAGCAAAAUCGAUGCGGACAACUUGGAUAAACCGACCAAAAUCUACCCUCUACCGCAUAUGUACGUGGUAAAGGAUCUGGUGCCAGAUAUGAACAACUUUUACAACCAAUACCGUUCGAUUCAGCCUUGGUUACAGCGCAAGAACGAAAGCUCCGAAAAGAAGGGUGAUGCCCAGUACCUCCAGUCGGUGGAUGAUCGUGCCAAGCUGGACGGUCUGUAUGAGUGCAUUCUGUGCGCGUGUUGUUCCACGUCCUGUCCGUCCUAUUGGUGGAACGGUGAUAAGUACCUUGGACCGGCGGUGCUAAUGCAGGCUUACCGCUGGAUUAUCGAUUCGCGUGACGAAAGCACUGCCGCCCGGUUGGACAAUCUAAAGGACCCGUUCAGUGUGUACCGGUGCCAUACGAUUAUGAACUGCACCCGAACGUGUCCGAAGGGUUUGAAUCCGGGCAAGGCGAUUGCCGAAAUCAAGAAGCUACUGUCGGGUAUCGCCAAGAAGGACGCACCCGGUCUGGAGACGGCUGCUCUUCACAGCAAGUAAAGAGACAAGACCCCGCGGAAAGCACUGCACAUACAUCCGCUUCCCAGUGCAGCUUUUGUUCGAUAGCACACAGACACACACAAAGAAAAAAAAGGAUACGAUGUAGAUCAAGGAACUACAAGGAACGUGCGUAAAACGGUGUGUCGAUAGCAGAAAGGAAAGUAUUUCGAUACCAAAAAAAGGAAACUAGCAGCUUCAUCUUAAACGAAAUGUUAAAUUCAAACAUUAAUCGGUUACUUAAACACGACUACCACCGACAGCAGCAGGCAGCCGGAAGUAUUAGGCGUACAACAGUACGCUCCGUACUCUACUUGCUUGGUGCAUAGAUCCUACGGUGCAAAAAUCAAACCAAAAACCUUAUCCUGCCCCUGUCGAACGGUUCGAUUUUAGUUUAAUUUGCAAGUUAGCAAUGUAGUAGCGUUAGUUUUUCGAUUCCAAAUGCAACAUUGAAAUCCCCUCUUACACCCGCCCCAGUCGUACUACCCAGUGCGGUAACAUACGAACGCACGAGACAUCAGAAAAGCAACAACACGUAUAAUCUACAUCCACAAUUUAUUUAUUUUCGUUCCGUAGCAAAUGGAUUUGUAAUUAUGAGGGAAAUAAAGAAUAGAAUAUCUACAAAACGCCGUAAA